AUGGCCGCAGCUGCAAUGAAGCUCUUGCAAGAGCAGGCGGGCCACACGUGCGACGCAAGCUUCGCGGGUGUCGGACCGACGGUGCAAUUUAUGGACACCGUGCACCGCUGGUUCGUGCUCAUGGACUUUGGCGGGUUGCCGAUGAAGCUGGCGGCUGGCUUUGUGAACCGAUCAGCGCAUACGUACUGUAGCAGCGCCGCCAAAGCCCAGUACGGCCGAUUGUCCUCCUGUUCAGAACAAGACAAAGCGGACACCGAUGACACUGAUUCGCAGUUCUCGGCAUACAGCAACAACUCGUCGCCGACACUGAGUCAUGACGCACAUGACUCACCGUCUCAAGACUCGAACCAGUCGAGCAACCUAGCUUCCUCUCAGCAGCACCAGCAGCAGCCUCCGCCGAGCGCUGCAGACGUUUUCAACAUGAAGAUGGCCAGCGUUAAGAAGACCUCGGCGCAAAUUACCAAGCAGCUUGUACAGGAGACGCUUAUGGACGAAGGCCUCCGUGUCAUCAAAGAGCUGGCGUCGCAGAUCAAGUCUGAGGAAUCGAGUGCCACCAACAGCCACUGUGCCACGGACCUGUCUUCGCCGCCAGCGCCACCGCCACGGCCGCGCGGAAGACCUCCCAGGCUGGACCGGGGCGACUACGUGGGCACGUCCCGGAUGGUCCAGGGGGCUCCUCCGCCCCACCCGUCCCUGCAGAAUGGCCACGACCGACCAGGCAGCAACGGACUCGACCUGCACCACCCCAACGGCCUGGCAGCGCCGCCGGCCGUGGACGAGGCAGCCGAUGCCGAGAACAGCCUGAACGCGCUGCUCGCCCUCUCCCAGAAGAGCUUGAUGAAGCAAGAGCCCGCGUCACCCGCCACCAUCAAGAUGGACUAAGGCCAGUUUGUAUGAGGCGUGGCAGUGACAUGACGCCAUACGCGAUGACGCCUGUCCCUGGAAGUCAUUCGUGUAGCAUCCUGACAGGUUCUUUUUUUUUCCCCUCAAAUGCCAGGAAUCGAUAUUACGUGACACUGAGCCAGAUCCGCCGUCAUUCUGAGUUACGUGCGGUUGCUGCCGCACUUUACACCGUGGCACGCCAACGUGGGCGCAGAAUGUCUAUAGCCAUUGGUCGAUGAGGCGUGCCUGUCCUCCGUCCUGUUCGGCCAGUCCUUCCCAGGUCGUUGUUGCACAAGGUGGCUUCUGUCAUCCAAGAGAAUUCGGCCGUUAUAUUUUGUGCUUGACAAUGUUAUCGGGUACGUGAGUGGUGGCUAGUUUUUGACUACCUGUUUUGUGGUGUAUGGCUCGAAAUUGGAAUUGACUAGUAAGAGCUCUAUCAAAAGAAAUGUCUAUACACGCUGAUUACAAAUCAUAGAAGCGUGCACACUUAAGGCGUCACGGAGUUAUGAUAAGGCUGUGAGGUCCGUUGUGAGGCCGCUGCGCUAUAUGCUUACCAGUGCCGCACUAAAGCCUCACAGUUGGCAUCACAAUCUAAUAUCAACGUAGUGGUGCCUUAAGUUUAUCCGUCAAAUGGCUCUAGGAAGACUGUGAUGGAUUCGGUUUGGUGACAGACUGCAUGUUAGAAGGCCAUGUCAUAGAAGCACUGACGUGCUCUGCCAUUUGUCUGCGUAAGAACAUGGUGGCAGAAUGCCUGUCGUGGUGUUGCGGUGACAUGCUGGAGAACGCCUUCGAAUGGGCAAAUAUGACGCGUUUUCCAUGACAGCAGUGAUGAAUUCAGGAGCAGCGACUGCGUCGGGCAACUAACUGCCGUGGAUUGAGCAGAGUUUCAUCCCUGACAACAUCGAAAGCGUCCGGGGCAUUGCCGUAGCUCUUAGCCUAACAGCCAUCAAAUGACCUCGCAUAAGGUGCCAUACACCGCAAGUCGACUCGCUUCACAGCCAAAGCCUGCCAUGGAAGCCGUGCAGGUUUUCGAGCUACUGUCAUGUGCUGGUGCCGUGCACUGGCUAAAUUUACGCUCUGAUUGUAGUGUGGCGUUCACUGGGCUGGCAAGCUGCGCUAUUCAGCAUGGUUGCGGACUGCGCGGUGGGCACAAUUGGAUGCUGACAUUCCCUGUACUGGAGGAACAGGGAUGCUGACAUUCCCUGUUCCUCCAGCUCUUUUGACGUGCCAGUGUUACCUCUAAACUGCUUACUAUUCGGGGAUCCAUGAAUAUUUCGUAUGAGGCAUGCAGUUGAGCAUAUUUCUCAGCUUAAAGGACAUUAUGUAGAAAUUGCAGCCCUUGUCCUGAGCAAGUUUAUUCAUGGACAGCUAAAUACUAGCGCCUAUGUCCGCCCCUCGUGCUUUGUGUUAUGUUCUGUUAAGAAUGAAAGCAUGAUGGUAAUGACCACUGCAGCAGUGUUCUGUGGACUAAUUCUCACUGCUCUCUAGCCAAAUGUCUUGCAUGACGUCAUAACGAAGGUAACAGCAUGCCAAGAAACUCAAUGCAUUGUUUCCAAAGCGGACAAUGCGAAACAAAGUUUGUGGUAUUUACACAAACCUGCACCAUUCUUCUGAUUCCUAAUUUGCUUAGUCGGCUUUAGUGAAUCUCUCGUAACUAAUAAGUAAUUUAAUGGUAUUUUCCGGCCUACAUCGAAUGGUCUGUGCCGCAGCAGCAACUGUGGCAAAACAGAUAUCGGAAUGCUUUUUGAUGUGGGUGCAUUGCUCUACGUUUGUGUGCUUUUUUAGCGUUCUGGCUUUCGCGUCUUUCAUGCGCCUUUGAGCAGGCCAGUGAGUAUGCGAAGGUUCUCCGUUUGCCCGUAGCCGUUUUUUUUUAAUUGAAAACGUGCAACAAGAAGUGCGGGCGCUGAUCUUGCAUGCUUUGGUAUGGCCUCACGAGAGAGCUGUUUGUUGGUGCCGCCGUUCACCUUCAUUAUAAGCCAGGCCUCCUGAGCAAUUGCGCGAUCCUUAGGUUUUCCAGUUUCGACGUUCUCACGGUGAUUCAUGCAGGACGUGGUGUAAAUACAUUUGUGCAAGCUUAUCUUCAUUCCUCAACUUGUGGAAAAGACUGAAGGAGGCAGCGAUUCCUAGCCGUGUUUAGUGUCCGCACCAGAGUAGGGUAUCCUCCCAAUAUUCUGUUAUUAGAUUGAAUGGCACUUGUUCAGCAACGAAGUUGCGAGGAUGACCAGGCGAAAGAGCUGCAGGGGAACCUGGCCACCUCAUACACAGUGCAGCUUCGUAGCUGUUGACCGAAAGCACGGGUUUCACACAACGCUCCUAACAAAAAAAAAUCCAUACAGAAAACCACAAAAACCACAAUCAGAUUGCGGAAACGAAUGAUCGUGGAAAGAUUGCACACAGCAUUUUUAAACUGGUAUAAUAGAGAUGAAACAAAACAAAACAUGAACUUGUCACGGAAACAGAGCCCACUGUACAAAUAUUUCGCGUAUCUUUUUCAUAAAGGCAGCACAAAUACAUCGAGACCAUUUUCUUUGUGCAGUUGGUUCAACUGUGUCGGUAAACAAAACCUAAACAUAUGGCGGUCGUAGGCUGACAAACGUUGUAAACGGGGAUAGGCGUCUGUGAAGAUGACAGUUUGUUAACGUAUAAUCGUUUUUAAUUCUUGCUUCUCUAUAUGAGCGACAACGCCUAUAGCUGAAUAAAUAUGCAAUUUUCAUUACCCUAAGACUUGAGAAUACGUGAU